CCCUCAUCAUCUCCGCCCUCCAACAACUUUCUCCCUCAACUUGUUUUUUGCUUCUCGACGAGAGUUGCAAAUCACAAAGGGUGUUGGAGAUUCUUUGUGUGCUUUGAGGUGUUGGGAUAUUGCACUGCCUGUCAGUGACAAAACCAUCUGGCGCUCCCCUUUGUCCUCCUGAAUCGGAGAACGGCCCCCAUAUUCCUAGGCUCUCACGCCCAUCUCAUCAAAACAGCGGCCUCUCUCUCAGCUCACCUUGUUGGAUGACAAUGUGACAACGCUCCUCACGAUUUCUUUUUUGACUAUUGCACAUUGACGAAUCCUUACCUCCUCAGCUACGAUUCUUCGACUUCUUCUCUUCAUCUUCAACCUGCGAACCCGAACGAUCUAACGUCACGCUUCCGCCCAGCUCCUGCAUUGAUCGACACAACAUUCAACUCCGCGACAUUUCCCACCCCACGGCCUACAGAGGCUCGUGAUGACCUCCAGUAUGAACUCGCUCAAGGUUCCCGAAAGCGGGCUGCAGCUGGAGGGCUCGACUGGCAAGGAUGCCAGCCUGCCUUCCCAGGCCUUUGCUGUCACCCUGAGUGAUAAUGUUAUUGAGGACAUGAUCAAAUGCGUCCAGAACGGAGAUGGCAUUCAACUUUCUCUUGGAGCCAAUCCCACCUUGCUCUUUGGUUCCAAAUCCCACGCCAUUGAGCCGCCCUCCGACUCGAACCCAUAUGAUCUUUACCUCACACGACCUUUCGAAUCGACACGAACUGCUGAAAAGAUACCAUACACCGGCUCUCUCUUUGAACAGCCAUCGGGCGCUACUUCGAAGAAACUGAAGACUGGCAAGACCGACAACACCACUGACGGCAAGCCCGCAAAGUCCAGCAAGAGCGCCCAAUCGGGACGAGAUUCUGACAUCGAGGCUCUUCAAAAUGGACUUGCGGCUCAUGCUGCUUCUCGGGAGAAGACUCGCGUGGUCGACAGGUUACCAGCGAAGAAGGCAGCUAUCAAGAGCAAAAGCAAAUUGCUCGACUCAACUCCACGAUCGAUCCCCCAGUCACCAGGUCAAGUUUCGCUCGGGUCCCUUACACCCAACCCUACGACAUCACAGCCCCUUGAUCGAGCCAAAGGAGACCGAGCCAUGCUGGUGCAUGAGCUCGCUGUGCAGGAUCGCUCAUUUGAUUACUUGGCCACGAAGUGGGAAGGCAAGGUGGAAGACAUGGAGCCGACGCUUCGAAAAGUUGCCGAUGAUCUCGACGAUAACAACAAAUGGUCACUGAAGAAGAAGUCCUGGAGAGACCUUGAUGUUUGGAAUUAUGAUUAUGAUACCCAAGAACUACGACAGAAGGCGAUCGACAACGCCGUUCGACAGUAUGAUAAGCAGAGAGUCACCAUCUCAGAGCCAGAGUGGGACAGACUACUACCCAAGGAGGAGCGAGGAACUGGCAAGAGUCUUAGCCGAGUGCAGGCUAAGAUUACAAAGACUGUCAGCGCGCCGUCAAUCAAUGUUGAAAUGGCGGAUGGAGGCACAACGCCUCGAGAGAGUGGGGAUUCUCAGGACGCCAACCGGCCAAGGGUUGGAGGAGAGGCUAUGUCGAGGUCCACCUCAAAUCCUCUUUCUACUAAGCCCAAGAAGCCCACUGCACAGGAGGCCCAGGUCAAGCGCCUCUUGGGUAAAUCCAAGGCUAAGACGGCUGCAUCAGCUGCAUCCUCCAAGCCGGCAUCCAAGGUGUCUUCGGCUAAAGCAUCUCCCACCAAGUCACGGCCCACCGCCGCGCCCAAGGCAAAUGGAGGAAGGGUUUUAUCGCAGGCCAUCAUUUCUAACUCGGACACCUCGGAAGAUGACGCUGCUCCUAUGGUCAAGCCUAAGCCGAAGGCUGUACCUAAACCGGCACCCAAGAUGAGGGACACGGUCGUUGCCAAACCUCGACCUGUGGUAAGGGAGCCGAUGAAGCAGCAGAUUACGGCCAAGCGACCUCGCGAAGAUGACGACUCGAGCUCGAGCUCUGGAACACCAUUGUCGAAGCGCAUCAAGCCCAAGCAGCCUCUUCCUGCCCCCCGACUUAAGCAUCGACCAUCGGACGCAAGCCAGAACUCUCGUGGAACUAUAACCUCAACCUCGAUGAAGAGCAAGAACACGUCCCCAACGAAGUCUUCUCCCCUGGCAUCAUCGCCACCCACCAAUGCCUCGGAUCUGGAGAAUGAGGCACCCGGUGCAUCAAUUGUUGCGAAGAAGCGCAAGGUCGAAGGCUUUAGCAAGGGUGGUGUCACAAAGCGACCUGCAGCAUCAAGGUUUUCUGAUGAUCUUGUGCAGAAGGCACAGGCCUUCAAACUAUUUUAUCAAAAGUAUGAGACGCUGCACCAUGAGAUUUCAGCGCUGGACAACCCUUCAAGCAGGAAACUGGGCCAUCUGAUGGAAAUGAGAGACCGACUGAAAACGAUGAAGAUGGAGAUUUACAGCGAAUGUCCCCCAGAGAGGAGCUAAAAGGCGGCAAUAAUACGACAGAACAAGGACAAGAUAAGGUGUGGGGGUUUGAUUUCAGCGGCGUACAGCAUCACGACCGGAUAACUUUUACAGUUGCAUUUUGCAUUGGGAAAACAGGAUCUGCAUGAACGAGCCACCUGUCGGACAGGAACGGAGCUCUCUUUGAUAUUUGCAUCGUUUUCCUUUUUCUUUUUUUGAUACCACAUGAGAAGACAAGAUAGGCCAAACGCGGCCAGAGACAAAGCCAAGCCAAGGCAGGCAGUUAGAUUAGGCAAAGCAAAAGCCAAACAAUACAGAAAAUGUUGAAUUGAAAUCAUGAUA